UUUUGAUUUUACUGGUGAUUGGAAUUGUGUCUUUGAGUUUUUUUAUAAAAGGAGAAGUUCCAUUUGGGCUAUGGUUUGAUCAUGUUCUUGAAUGGUGGAAAUAUAAAGACAAAUGCCAAGAACAUUUUGUUCUUAAUGUAUGAAGAUUUAAAGAAAGAUCUGUCUGGAUCAGUGAAAACUAUUGCACAAUUCAUGGGAUAUAGUCUUGAUGAUGCAAUGAAUGAGAAGGUUACUAGACAGUGUACAUUCGAUAGCAUGACAGUCUACCUGAGACACUCAGACACCAGAGAAGUUACUGUCUUCAAUUUUACAUCUUUUAUUGGCAAUUGGAAAAAUCAUUUGAGUGAUGAGCACUCAGCAAGGUUUGAUACACUAAAAGAAUGUCAGGAAGUGGCUUAAUUUUUGACUUUGAAUGAAACAUUUUUAUUUCUAAUUGAA